AUGGACCAAAAUGGCGAUGCCCGUACUAAGCGCAAGCAACCCCCCACCCCCUCCAACGAACGCCCGAUGAAGCAGAUGAAGCCUGAGAAUGACGGCCAUGGCCGCAAUGGCACCUACGUCGCCAGCCCCGAGCUGCAGCCCAUAGAGGACCCCUCGUCCCACAGCCUUGACUCCAGCAUCGAAGACCUACCAUCAGCCCACAUCGCCGCCGCACUCCAGGACACGGCGGAGUGGCAGAAGACUAUAGAGAAGGUCGUUAAGAGCGUUGUUUCGAUCCACUUCUGCCAAACUUGCUCCUUCGACACGGAUUCGGCUGUUUCAAGCGAAGCCACCGGGUUUGUCGUGGAUGCGGAGAAGGGCUAUAUUCUUACAAAUAGGCACGUCGUUGGGGCGGGCCCGUUCAUCGGCUAUUGCAUUUUCGACAAUCAUGAAGAGUGCGACGUUUACCCAGUCUACCGCGAUCCUGUGCACGAUUUCGGCAUCCUCCGUUUCGACCCCAAAGCUAUAAAGUACAUGCCCGUUACUCCCCUUCUGCUCCGCCCAGAUCUGGCUAAGGUUGGGGUGGAGAUUCGGGUGGUUGGAAACGACGCUGGGGAAAAGCUGAGCAUUCUCUCUGGAGUCAUUAGUAGACUAGACAGAAACGCACCCGAGUACGGCGAAGGUUACUCAGAUUUCAACACAAAUUACAUCCAGGCUGCAGCAGCUGCAAGCGGAGGUAGUUCGGGCAGUCCUGUGGUCAAUCAGGACGGCUAUGCCGUGGCGCUGCAGGCUGGUGGACGGGCAGACGGAGCCGCCACCGAUUACUUCCUGCCACUAGACCGUCCUUUCCGAGCCUUAGAGUUGAUUCGGAAUGGAAAACAUGUGUCUCGAGGAACAAUUCAGACUCAAUGGAUACUGAAGCCUUUUGAUGAGUGUCGGAGACUUGGUCUCUCACCUGACACGGAAAAGGCCAUUCGGACCAAGUUUCCCAAGGAAACGGGCAUGUUAGUCGCCGAAGUAGUCCUCCCACAGGGUCCUGCAUCGAGCAAAAUCGAAGAAGGCGACCUCUUAGUCCAGGUCAAUGGCGAACUCAUCACUCAGUUCGUCCGCCUAGAUUCAAUACUUGAUGACAGUGUUGGCAAUAAAGUAUCGAUGAUGAUCCAACGCGCGGGCGAGAACAUCAACAUUGAGCUGGAUGUUUCCAACUUGCAUGAUAUCACCCCUGACCGGUUCGUGUCGGUUGCCGGUGCCUCGUUUCACGACCUUUCCUACCAGCAGGCCCGCUUAUACGCUAUCUCGUUAAAGGAUGCAGGCGUCUAUGUCUGCGAAGCUGCUGGCUCGUUUCGAUUCGCUGAUGGAUAUGCUUCAGGGUGGUUAGUCCAAGAAGUCGACAACAAACCAACGCCAAACCUUGAUGCCUUCAUCGAAGUUUUGAGGGGCAUUCCUGAUAGGAAGCGAGUUGUUGUGGUCUACAAACACCUUCGCGACCUGCACACUGCCAAUACAAGCAUAACCGCCAUUGAUCGCCACUGGCACCCAAAGAUGAGGCUCGCGAAACGCAACGACACAACAGGCCUUUGGGAUUUUAGCACUAUUGCUCAUCCAAUCCCUGAAGUACCACCAAUCCCACGAAGGGCAAAGUUCAUUCGACUGGAGAGCUCAAGUUACCCAGAAGCUGUUGACAUCGUUCGCAGUUUCGUUCGGGUACACGUUCAGAUGCCAGUCAAGCUUGAUGGCUUCCCCAAGGCGAACAAGCAAGGCUAUGGUCUGGUCGUAGAUGCCGAACAAGGGUUGAUACUUGUCUCCAGAGCCCUCAUUCCAUACGACCUCUGUGACAUAUCCUUGAUCAUUGCCGACUCCAUCUUCGUUGACGCAAAAAUUGUGUUCAUGCACCCUCUGCAGAACUAUGCGGUCGUGAAAUACGACACAUCGCUUGUUAACGCGCCAGUGAAGACUCCCAAAUUCUCUUCCGAAUUCAUCAAGAAGGGCGAGGAGACUAUCUUCUUCGGCCUCAACCAGAAUUUCCGACCCGUGGUUGCAAAAACUGUGGUUACAGAUAUCACUACUGUCGCGAUACCCGCAAGCGCAGUCACACCCCGAUAUCGAGCAACGAACUUUGAUGCCAUCACAGUGGACACAAACCAAGCCUCCCAUAGCGCCUGCGGUGUGCUGGUUGCAGAGGAUGGGACGGUCCAGGCCCUCUGGCUGUCAUAUCUUGGCGAGCGGACCUCACAUAGCGGAAAGGAUGUCGAAUACCAUCUUGGAUUGGCCACCCCAAUGAUUCUACCCGUACUAAAGGAAAUCCAGAGCGGAAGGACACCAAAACUCCGAAUCUUGAAUGUUGAGUUCCAAACUGUUCAGAUGAGCCAGGCCCGCGUCAUGGGCGUUUCUGAGGAAUGGAUGGAGAAGACCGAGCAAGAGGAUCCGGAACGCCAUCAGCUCUUCAUGGUGCGCAAAGUCGAUUCCGGUCAUGAGGAUGGAUUGCAGGAAGGCGAUGUCCUUUUGACCCUGAACGGCAAACUCAUUACCCACGCGCCUGAUCUCGAUUUGAUGUACAAUAACGACUUCCUUGAUGCUGUAGUCGUGAGGAAACGCCGGGAAAUGACGCUGAAAGUCCCUACCGUCCCCACUGAAGACCUCGAAACAGAUCGUGUUGUUAGCUUCUGUGGUGCCACGCUCCACAGGCCACAUCAAGCCGUACGCCAACAGAUCAGCAAGAUCCAUUCUGAUGUCUAUAUUUCGUCGCGAGCUCGUGGGUCCCCUUCAUACAUGUAUGGAUUAUCACCAACCAACUUCCUCACGCACGUUAAUAAUGUGCCAACGCCGAACCUGGAUGCUUUCUUGAAGGAAGCGAAGAAGAUUGCUGAUAACGAAUACUUCCGCCUCAAAGUCAUGACCUUUGACAACGUACCUUGGGUUGCCACGAUGAAGAAGAAUGAGCACUACUUCCCAACGAUCGAGUACGUCAAAGACUCGUCGGAGCCGCUAGGGUGGAAAAAGACGAUCCAUGAGUGUGAGGAAGGCGGUGCGCGCGAGGAAGCUGGACCGGAUGAGAUGGAGCUGGAAGCCAGCCAUGACGGCGCUCCCGAAGAGGAUGUACAGCAUGUUGCCACUUAG